UUGAUAAAUACACUUCCAGGAGAAUGUGAUUAAAUUUGGGAAGCGCAGGCAAAGAAAAAAGGAAAGAAAAGUAGAGAUGGCCAUGGCUCUGAGGAAUAUUGGCAGAAGGGUGGGUCUGCCCCUCUGCAGGAUGAGACCGUUUUCGACUGCUACUUGCGAUGUUGAGAAUCAACAGAGCGCCAAAUCCAUCAACCUUUACUCUGCCAUCAACCAGGCCCUUCAUAUUGCGCUUGAAACUGAUCCUCGGGCAUUUGUUUUUGGAGAAGAUGUCAGCUUUGGUGGAGUUUUCCGUUGCACAACGGGACUCGCUGACCGAUUUGGUAAAAGUAGGGUGUUCAAUACCCCUCUUUGUGAACAGGGCAUUGUCGGAUUUGGCAUUGGCCUAGCUGCAAUGGGUAAUCGAGCCAUAGCAGAAAUUCAGUUUGCAGAUUACAUUUUCCCUGCUUUUGAUCAGAUUGUAAAUGAAGCUGCAAAGUUCAGAUACCGGAGUGGGAAUCAAUUUAAUUGUGGAGGUUUGACCAUUAGAGCCCCUUAUGGUGCCGUUGGUCAUGGUGGACAUUACCACUCACAAUCACCUGAAGCUUUCUUUUGCCAUGUACCUGGUAUCAAAGUGGUCAUUCCUCGCAGCCCACAGCAAGCAAAAGGAUUACUGUUGUCUUGCAUUCGUGAUCCGAACCCUGUUGUAUUUUUUGAGCCAAAGUGGCUUUACCGUUUAGCAGUGGAAGAGGUUCCUGAGCAUGAUUAUAUGUUGCCUUUAUCCGAAGCAGAGGUAAUUCGAGAAGGAACUGACAUCACCCUAGUAGGGUGGGGAGCGCAACUCUCCAUCAUGGAACAAGCCUGUAUUGAUGCAGAAAAGGUUAGUGAUUUUCAUUUCUCUGUUCUGUUGAUCAAUGACAACAGUGAGGUACACAAUUAGGGGCAGCCCAAAAUC